AUGGGCACUUACAUAGGCUUGCGCGCGCCCACCCCCAACUUGUCCUCCUCUCACAUACUUGGCUCCUCGCUCGCCUACUCGCCCACCCAACCACCACCAUCACCACCAUCUCAAUCCUUCGGACUGGGAUUAGUCGUCCACCACCCGCAAGCACCAUCACACACAACCACGACAAGGACCAGGACCAGGACCAGGGACCAGACUAAAAAUCAACUCUCCUGCAUGUCCCGCCCGCUCCUCUCACAUAUCUCCGUUCACCACUGGCUACCCGGCUCGCACCCGUACGCUGUAGCUUCCCACGUCCCUUUUUACGUCCGUAACUCCCCCCGGAACACCCAGGUAACCCUCGACCGUUCCCAGUUUCUAUCCUCUUUGGACCGCAUCCUCGACUCUCUUCAACGAAUGACCGUCUUGUUUGCUUCGAUUUUCAUCCCGACAGCCUCUCAUAACACCCUCCUUUUCCAAACGCUCGGCCAUUGA